AUGGGAAAUUGUGGAUCAUCAAGAUGCAUAAAGCAUGGAUUCUUUAGAUCAAUAUGGCAUUCAUUAUGCUGGUCUAGAUCACCCGAUAAGAUACGAAAAGCACGAAACCACCAACGUCACGGCAAAAAUCACAAGGUUACUAAACCGGUCCAAAACACUCCUCCAAAAGCCGUAUCUAUCGUGCAAGAAGAGCAUAAACCGGCCCAACCCAAUCAACCCGUGGUUAAAGAACAUGGUAAACAAUCAGGAAAAGUUGUAAUAGUGAAACAACAAAGCAAACCAACACCAAAAAGUGUGAAAUAUUCACAACAUAAGAGGCGAAAGUCGAGUGCAGGACUUCUAGUUGAUAAAGUCUUGAAAACAAGAUCCGGGUGUUUGAAAGAUCAUUAUACCAUGGGUCUUAAACUUGGACAAGGACAAUUUGGUACAACUUCAACUUGUAUAAGUAAGAAAACUGGAAAACAAUACGCGUGCAAAUCUAUUUCGAAGAGGAAACUAGUAACCGAUGAUGAUGUAGAAGAUGUUAGAAGGGAAGUUGAGAUCAUGCAUCAUUUAUCUGGACAUCCUAAUGUGGUUUCCAUUGAAGGGGCUUAUGAAGAUGCAUAUGAUGUUCAUUUGGUUAUGGAGCUUUGUAGUGGAGGUGAACUCUUUGAAAGAAUUGCUCAAAAGGGACAUUUUUCGGAGCGAAAAGCAGCUGCUCUUCUUAGAACUAUUGCUAGUGUUAUCGAAGCGUGUCAUUCUUUAGGAGUUAUGCAUCGUGAUCUUAAGCCCGAAAACUUUUUGUUUGUUGAUAAAGAUGAAGAUUCGCCUCUUAAAGCCAUAGAUUUUGGAUUAUCAACUUUCUUUAAACCAGGAGAAAUAUUUACAGAUAUAGUUGGAAGUCCUUAUUAUGUUGCACCUGAGGUGUUGAUGAAACAUUAUGGUUCUGAAAUAGAUAUAUGGAGUGCUGGUGUGAUUCUUUACAUUCUUCUUUCUGGGGUGCCACCAUUUUAUGGAGAAACGGAGAAUGAGGUAUUUAGGGGAAUAUUGGAGGGCGAACUCGACUUCUCGUUUAAUCCAUGGCCUGUUAUCUCUACAAGUGCUAAAGAUCUGAUCACGAAAAUGCUUGAUAGAGAUCGAAGUUGGCGGAUAACUGCUCAUGAAAUUCUUCGACACCCAUGGAUCAGUGUAGAUGGCGUUGCACCGGACAAGCCUCUAGAUCCUGCGGUCUUGACCCGGUUAACGCAAUUUUCUGCCAUGAAUAAGCUCAAGAAAAUGGCUCUAAAGGUGAUUGCAUCAAAACUAUCCGAAGAAGAAAUUGCCGGAUUGAAGCAAAUGUUUAAGAUGAUGGAUACAGACAACAGUGGUUAUAUUACUUUUGAAGAAUUAAAAGAUGGAAUGAAGAGAUUUGAUGUUGAUCUUAAAGAAUCUGAAAUAUAUAAUUUAAUGCAGUCUGCAGAUAUUGAUAAUAGCGGUACUAUUGAUUAUGAAGAAUUUGUGGCUGCAACAUUGCAUUUUAACAAAGUUGAUCGAGAGGAUCGUUUGUUUGCUGCGUUUUCAUAUUUUGACAAAGAUGGAAGCGGUUAUAUUACGCGUAAUGAACUUCAACAAGCCUGCAAGGAGUUUGGAGUUGAUAGUGUUCAUUUGGAAGAUAUUAUUAAAGAAGUUGAUCAGAAUAAUGAUGGUAGAAUAGAUUACAAUGAGUUUGUUGCAAUGAUGCACAAGGGAACCGCGCCUUUGGCAAGGAACCGAACCAAGAACAAUUUCAUCAUUGGAUUCAAGGAGCCGUUGCCGGCUUUAUGA